AUGACUAGACAACAAGGCAAUUCCCCGUUCCGGAAAUUCUUCGAUGUUUGCACCUUCCCUUCUACCUCAUCCCCGGAUAAAUGCACGCACCCUGAUUCGCUCUCCAAAGUAGAGUGUGCUAAGCCAUUUCGCUGCGAAAUCACGAAAGUUUCAACCUUCUGUAGUAAGCUGGAGCGGGCUCAGCAAGCCGAGUUUGACAUCUCAAGAACAGGAGUCAUAGAUAUCUUCGAAGAAGCUCAUUUUACAAUUCUGCACUCUGUCACAAGGCUUAUCAAAAGGCGCUCAGUGCACCGCAAACUUGCAGCUUAA